AUGGCUUCACAGGCCAGCACAGCCCUGGGCACGGAUGCCGGUGCCCGCAGGAAGCCCCGCCUGGCGGCGUCAUUGCAGAUUAGCCCCGGGACCAGCCCCAGGAGGCCUUCGGCCAGCCUGGGCCAAGACCCCAGGGAGACCACGCCCGCUCCCAACUCGGACGACGACGCCGAGCAGGGCGGGCAGUUCCAGGCCUCAGCGACGGGGCAUGGUGGGCCCGGGUUGGGGGCCCGUGUCUGGGAACUGGGGGCAGCCCGGGCACAGGAAGACUCGAGGGGAAGGAUGGGGAGGUCCCAAAGGGUCUCCUUUCCGUCCGCAGGGCCCGCCGGGGAAUUCCUGACGGCAGCCAGACAGCUGGGCCUACAGAUCAAAGACCCGCCACCGGGCCGGGCCGUGGCCUUGCUUACUCAGUGCGCGGCCACUCUGGGAGUCUCCCUGACCUUCCGAGAGGACCAAACAGCAGACCCCUGCUUGCCCACCUCUGUGUCCGUGGAGCUGGAUGGGGUGGUCUGCGCUGCGGGCACCGCCUACAGUAAGCCAGAGGCCAAGCAGCAGGCAGCUCUGGCUGCCCUCCACUACAUCCAGCAUCGGCUGGAGAGCCCAGAGACCCCAAAGACCCCCAUCUGGCCUCCACUCGCCACCCUGAGCAUCGAGAACAUCCUGACCCACGAGCAGCGCUGCGCGGCCGUGGUCAGCGUUGGCUUUGACCGCCUGGUGGACGCGAGCUCACAGUACUGGGCCUGCAAGGGGACUGUGGCCGCAGUCAUCCUGGAGAGAGAGGUCCCAGGCUCCCAGGGCCACGCCAAGGAGAUCUACCAGCUGGUGGCGCUGGGCACCGGCAGUGGCAGCUGUGCCAGGUGGCUGGACUUCUCGGGCCGACAGCUCCACGACUGCCACGGGCUGGUGGUGGCCCGCCGGGCCCUGCUGAGGUUCCUGUUCCGGCAGCUCCUGCUGGCCACGCAGGGGGGCCCCAAGGGCAAGGAACGGUCUGUGGUGGUCCCCCAGCCGGGGUCUUGGCCCCCCUUCGCCCUCAAACCCGGGAUCUUCCUGCACCUGUACGUCAGCAACACCCCCAGGGGAGCUGCCCACGACAUCGACCUCCCGUCGCAAGGCCUCCCGCACAGCUGCCCGCUCCAUCUGCAGGCCCACAUCCAGGGGCAGCUGAAGCCCGUGUGCUACGUGGCCCCUGCGCUCCGCGACACCCACGUGGGCUGCCUCUCGGCCAGCGACAAGCUGGCACGCUGGGCCGUGCUGGGGCUGGGUGGUGCGCUGCUGGCGCACUUCCUGCCCCCCGUCUACGCCAGCAGCCUGGUCCUGGCCGACCCCUGCCAGAACACCCCGGCCCUGGGCAGGGCCAUCCACACCCGGCCCGACCUCGACGGGGCCUUGGGGCCGUGCCUGCCGCCCCCCUACACCCGGACCAUGCUGCACCUGUUUGCGGGGCCCUCGGUGGCCCCCUCCGACCUCCCCUCCAACACCUGCCAGGGCCUGAGCCUCAACUGGAGCCUGGGGGACCCUGACGUCGAGGUGGUGGAUGUGGCCACCGGGCGUGUGAAGGCCGACGCUGCCCUGGGGCCUCCCUCCCGCCUCUGCAAGGCUGCCUUUCUCUGGGCCUUCCGCCAGGCUGCCCGCGCUCUCGGGAAGUCCCACCUCCUGGCCUUGAAGACCUACGAGGCAGCCAAGGCUGGGCCCUACCAGGAGGCUCGCCAGCAGCUGUCUCUCCUCCUGGACCAGCAGGGCCUGGGGGCCUGGCCCUCGAAACCACUGGUGGGCAAGUUCAGAAACUGA